AUGCCGCCAAAAUAUCUCCCAAUUCGUCGUCAAUGGCUCCGGUCAGCGAGAGGCUUGUCUACAACCGCACGGUGCAGUGACAAGCCCGUCCUGAACCGGUACAGCAGGAUCAUCACCCAGCCCAAGGACCAGGGAGCAAGUCAGGCUAUGCUCUAUGCUACAGAUGGCAUAAAGUCGGACGCGGACUUCAACAAGCCGAUGGUCGGUGUCGCCAGCGUAUGGUAUGAGGGCAACCCAUGCAACAAGCACCUUCUCGGACUUGGCCAGGAAAUCAAGGCUUCCCUUACCGAGGCAGACAUCAUAGGCUACCAGUUUGGUACGGUCGGUGUCAGCGACGGUAUUAGUAUGGGUACGAAAGGAAUGUCGUAUUCCCUCCAGUCGCGAGACUUAAUCGCUGACCAGGUGGAAACUGCUGCCGGAGGUCAUCAUCUCGAUGGCAUGGUAGUAGUCCCUGGGUGCGACAAGAAUAUGCCUGGUGUUCUCAUGGCUCUUGGCCGUCUCAACCGACCAGGUCUCAUGGUCUACGGUGGAACCAUUCGCGCAGGCUCGUGUGAAGGCAUGCCUCAAUUGGAUAUCGUUUCUGCUUUCCAGGCCUACGGAAAAUACCUUCAAGACGGAAGGACACCCAAGGCUGAGGAAGAACGAUACAACACCGUUCGACACGCCUGUCCUGGUCCUGGUGCUUGCGGUGGCAUGUACACUGCAAACACAAUGGCAAGUGCAGCGGAGGCUUUGGGAAUGACCCUUCCCGGUUCUUCCUCCUUCCCAGCGCAGUCAGAGGAGAAACAUCUAGAGACCAAGUCUAUCGGUUCUGUGAUGUACAACUUGCUUGAGAAGAACAUUUUGCCGAGGGACAUCAUGACGCGCUCUGCCUUUGAAAACGCGAUGGUCCUCACCGUCAUCCUCGGAGGCUCAACCAACGCAGUCCUCCAUUUGAUCGCCAUUGCUCACUCAGUCGGCAUCAAACUCGACAUUGACGACUUCCAAAAGGUGUCCGACCGGAUACCCUUCCUUGCCGACUUGAAGCCCAGCGGAAAAUAUGUCAUGGAAGAUGUCUACAAGAUCGGUGGUAUCCCCAAGGUUCUCGCGUUCUUGCUCAAGAACAAUUUGAUCGAUGGUAAUAACAUGACUGUUACUGGUCGCACUGUCGGAGAGAACUUGGACCGAUGGACGCACAAGUACGGCGAGCUCCACUUCGACAAGCAGGAUGUCAUCCGACCUCUGGAUAAGCCUAUCAAGGAGACUGGUCACAUCCGGAUUUUGAAGGGUAACCUCGCCCCUGGUGGCGCCGUCGCCAAAAUCACCGGAAAAGAAGGCCUUGGUUUCGUCGGCAAAGCACGUGUAUUUGAUUCUGAGAACGACUUCGUCAAGGCUGUGGAAUCUGGUAGCAUCAAGAAGGGCGAGAAAACCGUUGUUAUUUUGCGGUAUCUCGGUCCUCAGGGUGGACCUGGAAUGCCCGAGAUGCUUAAGCCUACCAGUUUGGUGAUGGGCGCUGGAUUGGGUAUGGAUGUCGCCAUCUUGACUGACGGACGAUUUAGCGGAGGAUCGCACGGAUUCUGUAUCGGACACGUCGUUCCGGAAGCGCAAGUCGGUGGCCCUAUCGCCUUGGUCGAGGACGGCGACAUCAUCUCGGUUGACGCUGUGAAGAACACGAUCGAGUUGCAGGUCCCUGAACCCGAGCUUGCCGCGCGAAAGGCUGCAUGGAAGGCACCCCCUCUCAAGGUCACCCAGGGCACCCUCUACAAAUACGCCAAGGUUGUCACCGAUGCCAGCCAUGGGUGUGUCACUGAUGCUUAA